UCAAGAUGAUGUUCAAAUUAACCUUUUCAACUUUUUUGACUAUUUGGUGGAUCCUUUUCCUGAUCAUCAAUGUACAACUGCUCAGAGCCGGGAAAAAUAAUGUACUGUGCCGAGGCAGACACUGCUCUGUGUGUCCUCCAGUCAAAGAUACACGGGGACCACCAGGCAAACCUGGAAAGCACCGUCUACAAAAUUCAAUAGGACCGAGAGCACGAAAAGAACUUCCUGAGGAAAUAGAAAGGAUCGAAGCAAAAGAGUCAAAGGUCCAAGAAAGGAAGAAAGGAGGCUGCGGUUUUACUGGUGAGCCUGGUGUUGUGGGUCGUGAUGGAUUCCCAGGUCAUCCUGGGGGAGGGGCUGAGUCUGGUUCACCAGGACUUGAUGGCUGCAAUGGAACAAGGGGCCAACCAGGACAGGCUGGUUUGCUUGGAUUGAAAGGCCUUCAUGGGCCCCCAGAAUUAAAUGGUGCUAAUGGGAGUAAGGGAGAGUCUAUUAAUGCUACUGCUCUCCCAGGUCCAUCUGCGUUGUCAGGGAGCAUUGGCCCUAUAGUUUUUCACGGCCCUCCUGGACUUAUUGGGCUUCAGGGUGACGCGGAAGGAUUUCCUGAUGGUCCUAAAGGUGACAUGGCUGAAAAGGGCACACCUGGUCCACUAGGACCAGAAGAAAGAAAAGGAUUCCCUAAAGAAUAUCAUGCUCACAAGGGCGAGAAGGGACUUAAAGGAUCAUGUGGACCAAAGGGACAAUGUCAUGAUACAGGAGAUGACAACAGCCUGAGCCCAAGAGGAUCUAAAGGAGAGCAGGAAACACUUGGAAUUCCAGGGGAUGGGGUAGCUCAAGAUAUUCUUGAAAUGGCUGGUUGGGAUGGAUUGGAUUGGCCAGGAGAUUCGGGUGUCCCUGGACCUUCGCAGUAUCAUUACGAAAGUCCCAUGAGAGGUGCCAAAGGAGACCGUGGUCACCCAGGUGUAUCUGAGCUGCCAGAGGAGCCUGGGUUUAAGGGCAUUCCUGGGCCGCCGGGCCCCCCAGGGUUAUCAGAGUUGCGUGAUGCACCUGUUCAGCCAGGUGUCCCUGGAGAAAAGGGCCAAAAGGGAGAACCAGGGAUAUUUGAUUCAAAUAAAGUCAUUUUUAAUCUGGGAACAAAGGGAACCCAAGCAACAAAAGGAUGUGCAAAUUCUUAUUGCAAGCCUAGUUCCCUUGGGGAACCUGGUGAGGAUGGACCCAAAGAGCUGACAGGAAACAAGAGCUUUAAAGCAGCUAAAGGUGAUAAUUGGGGUAAAGGAGAAUCAGAGCAUGCCGGUCCUCCAAGAAGAACAGAGGGGGCUGGAAAACAAGGCUUUUUGGGAGAACCUGGUCAACUAGGUCCUGGUUAUCCAGGACUAAAUGGCCCCAAAAGUAUUCAGGGUUUUAAUGGACCUAAAGGAUUCUCAGAGACUGUGGGUCCUUUGGGCCUUGGGCUCCCUGGUCUACUGGGCAAACCUGGACAACAAGGAAAUCCAGAAUUCCCAGAGCUUCCAGGUAAAACACUCCCAUGCUGUCAUGAAGGCUACAUUGGCUUACCAGGGUCUAAGGGUUUACCAGAUAUAGAUGACCAUGGUCCUGGUGGGGGAAGCCCAAAUGACCCUGAUGAACAUCCUGGGUUGCUAGGAGCCAGUGCAAAAACGGGUAACCAAGCAGACAUUUUCUCAGCUUGGCCAGGUGCUACUGGUUCCCCUGGACCACAAGGAGUUGUUGGGUCAUAUAAAAUCACUGGGACAACGGAAAAUCCAGGAUUAUCAGGACUACUUGAACCCAGAACCCAUAAAGGAAGUUCUGAAGAUAAUCGUGACUCUCGAGCUACUGGUUUCCAAGGUCCACCCUGUACUGUUUGUGAUAUGUUAAGCCCACCUUGGCCUAAUGGCUCUUCAGAGCAACCCAGUCAACAAGGAACAGGAGGCUACCCUGAUGAGAAAAGUUUAAGGGGAGAUAUGAGUACAGUUGGCCAUAGAGAAAACGGUUUAAAAGGUAAUCCUGGUAAUUCUGGUGCACUUCGCCAAACUGGAUUAAGAGAAAUAGUUGGUUCUGCAGGAGACCCUGGUAUUGAUGGUUUACACAGACAAAAAGGUUUAGCUGGACCCAUUGGAUUGCCAAGAUUAUGUAAAAUAUUAAAACGGAGAAAAGGUAAAGAAGAAUUAUCAGGCCCCCCAGGAUAUAGUCAGAUCGAAGGGUUCCAAGGUCAAAUGAGACAUUCUGGGAAUCCUGGAGAUCAGGUAGAUUUGGGGCAACCAGGGCCUCUUAGUAUAUCUGGCCUUCCUAGAUCUCCUGGUGCAAAAGGCACAAGCCUUAUAUAUAAAGGAGACCCAGGACCAAUGGGCCACCCUGGAUCCCCAGGUUGCAAAAGCUUUCAGGGGCCUCAUGGCUCUAGUGGCCUUCCAGAACCAAAGGAUAAGAGAGAUCACAGUGGUGGUAGGAGACCUGAUGGACCUAAAAGUCAAAAAGGUAUAUCUGGGCCCCAAGGUUGCAAGGGUGACCAUGGACCAACUAGAGAUGCAGGUGCACCUGGUCCUCCUGGAAAUUUAGCUGAACCAGGAAAUAAAGGGCCAAGAUCAAGCUUUCUUUUGGUUAUCCACAGCCAAUCAGUUGAGGUACCUCAGUGUCCUGCAGGUAGCAACCAGUUGUGGGUGGGUUACAGUCUCGUUCACCUAGAGGGACAAUAUAGGGCUCAGACGGAAGAUCUGGGCAAGCCAGGCUCUUGUCUCCCUGUUUUCUCCACAAUGCCUUUCUCCUUCUGCAACAGAGAAGCCUGCUACCACUCAAGUAGCAAUGGCAAAUCCUACUGGCUUUCCACUUCUGCUUCCAUACCCAUGAGACCAUUAUUUGGCCAGGAGGUUAGCCUCCAUAUUAGCCGCUGUGUUGUGUGUGAGGCAUUGUCACCUGCAGUGCCUUUUCACAGUCAGCAUCAAGUUAUCCCUCUCUGUCCACUGGGCUGGAGGAGUUUAUGGACGGGAUACUCUUUCCUUCUGCACACAGGUGUGGGUGACGGGGGUGGACAGUCAUUGGCUUCUUCUGGUAGCUGCCUUAAGGAUUUUCGAACUCAUCCCUUCAUUGAGUGUCAAGGUGCGCAGGGUUCCUGUCACUACUUUUCCAACCUCUACAGUUUUUGGCUGAUCACUAUAAGAGGGAGGAAGGAGUUCAACCCAAGUGUUGGGAGGAUCAAACCUUCUGAGCAGCAGCGAUUUAAGGCCAGACGAUGUAAUGUUUGUCUCAGAGAUUAAUGUUUUCUUUACUAUAAGCAAUAUUUUAUAAGCCUUUGUGAUAUUUUAGAUUACUUAGACCAGGGACAGCACAGCAUUAGUUCAACCUCAAUUUAAGGCCACUACCUAACAGCUGACAGAGCACUAACCACCUGUUAUUAUUCUGUCCUUUUUGUGUUCUACAUUAAGUCCAACUUGUUUUAAAAGAACUCAAAGAGGCAAGAAAUGAAUUUUUCUUUUCAGCAGAGUGUGUUUCUCUUUGCAAUCACCAGUUUUCCCCUAUUC